GGCUCCAUGAUUUCAGUCUGAUGUUUCCUCUAUCUAUUAUUAUAUUCCAGACUUUGGAGGACAACAUUGUCACUUUUGUGAAGAACGAGCUGAAGAAGAUCCAUAAGAUUCUGAUUCCAGAUUAUCCAGAAUAUUCAGAGAGUCAGAGAGAAGAUGAUGAGGUGUUGGAAGGUGAAGAUGAAGAGCAGAGGAGGAGCAGCAGAGAGGCAGUGAUGAAGAUCACACUGAACUUCCUAAGGAGGAUGAAGCAAGAGGAGCUGGCUGACCGUCUGGAUUUCUACAAAGAACGUCUUGCUCCAGUUUGUCAGCAUCACCUUAAAUCUAGUCUGAAGAAGAAGUUCCAGUCUGUGUUUGAGGGGAUUGCUAAAGCAGGAAGUCCAACCCUUCUGAAUCAGAUCUACACAGAGCUCUACAUCACAGAGGGAGGGACUGGAGAGGUCAAUGAUAAACAUGAAUUCAGACAGAUUGAAACAGCAUCCAGGAAACAACACAGACCAGAAACAACAAUCAGACAAGAAGACAUCUUUAAAGUCCCACCUGGAAGAGAUCAACCAAUCAGAACAGUGAUGACAAAGGGAGUGGCUGGCAUUGGGAAAACAGUCUUAACACAGAAGUUCACUCUGGACUGGGCUGAAGGUAAAGCCCACCAGAACAUCCAGUUCACAUUUCCAUUCACUUUCAGAGUUGAAUGUGCUGAAAGAGAAAAAGUUCAGUUUGGUGGAACUUGUUCAUCACUUCUUUACAACCAAAGAAAUCUGCAGCUUUGAACACUUCCAGGUUCUGUUCAUCUU